UGCUGCCAGCACCGGGACACAGGCUCCCCACUCAUCUCCAGCACAAUGGCCUGCCAAGAGAGCGAGUACCUGGAUGACCAGAAGAAAUGUGUCCCCUGCAGAAAGUGCAUGCCUGGGCAGGAGCUUUCCAAGGACUGCGGUGACGGCAGCGGUGGGGACGCGCAGUGCGUGGCCUGCCCUCCCAGGAAGUUCAAGGACCGCUGGGGACACCACGGCUGCAAGCCCUGCCUGUCCUGCGCCCUCAUCAACCGCCUCCAGAAAUCCAACUGCACGGCGACGGCCGACGCGGUCUGCGGGGAGUGCCUGCCAGGGUUUUACCGGAAAGCACGGAUCAGCGGGCAGCUGGAAUGGGAGUGCAUCCCCUGCACCAAGCAGACGCCCUCCUCUGAACCACAGUGUCGCUCCAGAACUAACCUGGUGAAGAUCGCCAUCCCCACUGUACCACCACAGGACACGGCCCUUCUUGCACUGACCAGCAGCGCCCUGAUCAUCAUCGUCCUGGUGCUUCUGGCACUCUCCAUCAUCUACUGCAAGCGCUUUUGGAAGAGCCAGUGCCAGCGAGUUUUCCUGAGGACUCAGAACUUCUCGGGCCAGCGAGCGAUGUUCCCGACCGCAGCGGCGCCUGGCAGGUUCCUGUGUGAGGAGCAGAUGUCUGGUCCCUGCUGCCUGGGUGUGAAGAACCUCAGCCCUUGCUACAGGCAGGCAGAAGGCCCUGUGGAAACAGUGCAGUUCAUUUCGGACGGGGAAGCUGUGGGUCUCCAGCUCCCCUCUCUCCAGACAGAGAUAGACUUGCCACCAGCCGCUGUGAUCAGCACUGCCUCCAAGGCCCAGCUGGGCAGGAGCCUCCUGGAAAGCCAGCCCCUCAUCCGGGCCUCGGGCCAUGGGGACUGCCUGGCCGGGGUCCUGCCGCCCCCCGCCCCCAGGCAGGGCCAGCCGGGCACGGUGGAGGCCCUGGCCCCCCUCUCCUCCUGCGCCUCCGAGCUGCAGCACAAGUGGCCACAUGCACCAGUGGAGUGCACCGAGCUGGACCUCCAGAAGUUUUCCUCCCAGGCAGAGUUUGUGGGCAGCGAGCGGCCAGACGAUGCAGCGAGCCAGGCAGUGAAGAGGAUCCCGGCAGAGAGCAGUGGUGUGGUGCAGGAGGGGGCCCAUCGCUUGCCCCCCACCUUCCCAAAUCCCACCACCGAUAUUCCCCUUGGGGAACAGCCAGUAAGUUCUUCCAUCCUCAUCACUCCUCUGAACUGCUGCCAGGUGCCCGAGGCUCAGGCACAGGAGCUGGUGCCUGGGGUUGCUGUUCUCAGCAGACUGCCACCAACCUUGGGGUCUUUGUCUCACCAGGUGGAUGAUGCCCAGAGCCUGGUGACUCAGAUCAGCAGCGCAGCCAAGGGUCUCCUAAUUGCAGAGCUGCCCCAUUCCUUGGUGCAGUCGCUUGCCUUCUUGCUGGACCCUUCCUUGAAUGGUGUGAAGAACUUCGGCCAUGUGGCGCUGGAGCUGGGGCUCGUGCCCCAGGUGCUGGGACGGAUCUCAGGCUUUGAGCAGCUUGUCGCGCACUUCACCCACACGGGAGCUGCGGUGACCGUCCCGCUGCUGGCACAGGCGCUGCAGCGGCUCCAGCGCUUUGACGCCUUGCUCCUGCUCUGUGACCACUUCACACUCAGCCCUGUGACCGACCACCAGCACUAG